CAAUCGCGGCUCGCCUGGCAGGGGGCCUGGAGGCUGGUUCUGCUCGGUCUAUGCGGUAACGUGCGGUCAGUCGCGGGUGAACGGCUGUGCCUGGGCUAUGCACUCCCUUGCCCAGGAAAUCCGCAGCUUCUCCAGAGACAACCUGCGUAAGCAACGCACCCGCGUAACGACGCUGACCGGCAGGAGGAUCAUCGAGACGUGGCGUGGAGCCUGCUUACAGGUGGAGGAGGAGGAGGCGGUGGCGGCGCCCGGCGGUAGCGGCUAUGUGCAGGACCUCAGCGCCGACCUGCAGGUCGGCGUCGUAAAGCCCUGGCUGCUGCUGGGGUCGCAGGAUGCUGCUCACGACCUGGAGACGAUGAAAAAGCAUAAGGUUACUCAUGUUCUAAAUGUGGCAUAUGGAGUGCAAAAUGCCUUCCUUGAUGACUUUAUAUACAAGACCAUUUCUAUUCUGGACCUCCCAGAAACUGAUAUUAUCUCUUAUUUCCCAGAGUGUUUUGAGUUUAUUGAGAAAGCCAAGAUACAGGAUGGUGUGGUGCUGGUCCACUGUAAUGCAGGAGUCUCCCGUGCAGCAGCAGUAGUCAUUGGUUUCCUAAUGAAUUCAGAAAGACUGACUUUUGCUAGAGCCUUUUCCUUGGUGAAAAGUGCAAGACCUGUGGCUUGUCCAAAUCCCGGCUUCAUGGAGCAGCUACACAAGUACCAGGAACAGAAUAUAAAGGCAAAUGGAAGCAUAAAUGAUCACAACUGAUCAAAAGGGAGAAGCAAAACAAUCUGCUUUGACUAUACAGUAACAUAUGUUGGAUGUGCUUUUAUAUGUCAUUUUGCAGUUCACUUUCACAUAUGGAUUUUAAAGUCUUUACAUACUUAGGUUUUUUCUUACCCCACUUUGACCCCUUUUUUUUCACCAUGUAGUCUGAAAGCCAAAUGGUAUUCCACUGACUUCAGAGGUGAUUUUGGGCAAGAACAAGCUCUGCAUUGAGUACUAAUAAAAAGACAAAGUUCAAUUUUCCUUGAAAUAUUAGAAAAAAACAACCCAGAAUUAUGGUUUUGGUUGUUUUGUGUUUUUUUUUUUUUUUUUGUUGUUGUUGUUGUUUUUGUUUUUUAUUUGACCAUAGAAUCAUAGAACAAUUUGGGUUGGAAAGGACCUUAAGAUCAUCUAGUUCCAACCCCGUCAUAAAAUGCAAGAAAUAGAGAAAGGAAAUAAAAUAACUGAGAUAAGUUGUCCUGUUCACUUUAAUACUAAACCAAAUGUCUGCACUGUAGUUGGUUGUAAAAGCUAGAUAAUAAAAUGUUGAUACUAUAAAGUACCUUGAUACUGGAUUUUAAAUUUA